CUUGUCUUUCCACCAAUGACGGCAAGGUGUUCUUUCACUCCAAGAACUUUUACAACGUGCUCCACUGGAACGCCGCAGAGCCAUCAUUCCCUGACGAAAAGAUCCUCUAUAGCGUGCUGUACAGAAGGUAGAGAGCAGAGAUGCAGGGAUCUUAAACACCGGUGUGUCUUAUACACCUUAAACGACCAUCAUUAAGGACAGAGAUGGCACUGUAACGUCUACCCAGAUGUUGUAAGGAUGACGAGGGGGUGGUCCAUCAGCAAUCUCGUGAUUGCAAAAACAAAACAGGCCGAACCACGCCAAAACAUCAGCGCACUCAACUGUCUCUCUCAACUGUCACUCUCUGCAAGGAGCCAUUCUCCUUCCACACACACACACAGACUCAGCAUGUCGCGUUCACGGCUGGUUGGAAAUCACAAAACUCUGACAGCAUGUUAAGGAGUUAAUUUAGCUAUAGUUUAGGUAUGAGAUCACCAAAAGAUACACCAACACCCGACUUCGUCACAUUCACAGUUCACAGGAACGGAACUCCAAACACUCAAAACGUCCAGGACCAUCUGUAUAUCAUGUUUACGCUUGCACAAUUCAACAUGUCAAAAAGUCGUCGGAAGGAGCAUGGCUUUUUUAAUCCUACCCCUUCUCCGUGUCUCCCCUCCUUUGUUUUUCGUGUACCAGGUUGCCAUACAUGCCCAAAAUCAUGAAUGUGUAAUAAGUAGGGGUGUCACAAGACCUCGUGUCACAAGAUCUCACAAGAUUAAAACGUUGAAAGAUUUCUCUUUCAAAAAAAAACUGUCUUGUUGGCAUUUGUCCUGGGACGUUAAUAAUUAAUGAAUUAAUCACACAAUAAAUGAAAAUGAAGUCGAUAAUUUUGCCAGCCUCUACUGUAUACAUGUACAGUAUAUUGCCAUGAGCAUGCUUGUCAGGCCGGAAGAGAGUUCACUCUGUGCAUUGGUUUCAGCACCCUGGCACGUUUGUUCCAUAGAACAAUAACAUGAACGGAGUGAGUCCUUUUGUCACUCAUACAGUCUUUUGUCUCGGUGGGUGGAGUCGGGGCCGGUAGCAUACCGACGGAGUGCAGAAGAGUGCAGCCUUCGAGGAGCAAUGCGAGGUAACGUAGUAGAAAUGAAAUUAGUAGAUUGCAAUAUAUUUUUUAUUAUUUUUUACUUUUCUUAAAAGUAAUGUUAAAGUCUUAUCGUUUCUCGUUGUCGUACACCCAGUCUUGUGUAUUGUCUCGUCUUUUGACACCCCUACUAAUAAGUCAAUCGGAAAAAUUAAAAACACACCAAGGGUGCAUUUGCACAAGAACAAUGAACUUACGUUUAAGUUUUUGAAAAAGUUCAACAUAUGGAUGUUUUUAAUAAAGGUUUUUUUUAUUGGUUUAACUAUUGAAAAUGUUUAAUAUUAUCCACCUAGAGUAUAAGUGUCAUUCUGUUCAUGUAUGACAACACAAGCAGUCUAGUGGAAGCUCUGAAGUUGGGCUUUGUAGACAAUAUCAUUACUGUAUUGACCCGACUAUAUGAGCCCCCUGGAUAUAAGACUCCUCUUUAUCAAGACCUGACAAAUAUAUUUUUAAUCAUGUUUUCAGUAUGAGUGAAAUCCCUUUUCGGUCAUCAUAUUUUAUUCAUUUUUCUUAGCUGCUUUACAGUUGUUUGACGACUGCAUCAUUGAUCACCAUUAUCUUAAAAUUAGCAUCCUACACUAGCUGAGACACUUGCCAUUUGCCCCAAAAUGUGGUCUGUGACGCCAGGUCAGUGUUGUGUGUGAGUGAUGGGAAGAAAAGCUCAGACCCUCUGGGAUUUGACUGCAGAAAUAGCAGGACCCCAAAUAGUCGACGACAUCUUUUUCAGAGUGUCAUCCCAUUUUCUAGGGAAAAAAUACCGUCCUACAUUCGGGCCAAUGCAGUAACAUAAAAAUAAUCCAUUCCAGUGUCAAGACCUUUAUUAACUGUACAGUGUCAUUUUAACAUUUGGAACUGCCAUACAAGUGUAAAUAAAGUUAGACUUUAACAUUGAGACACUCCACUCUUUCUUUUAAUAAGAAAGACAUGCUGUGGACGCAUGUCAAAUGUAUAUUUUGGUGCAACGCCAGAGGCAUGUGACCUUCAAGGUUCCAUUGUACAUUUACACUGUGUAUGUCUUGGUGCGAGCUUCGCUAAAGUGUGCCACUGACUUCUUUGCGCCUUCACAAAUGACCUCAUCAAAGUGGAAAUGCCAUCUCUUUUAAGACCUUAUUAGAAAAAUGUCAAGUGCUUCUUGCCUGAUGCUAUCAUCAAAUCAAUCUGCAAGAGGACUAAGUGUUGUUAUUUAUCUCCAAAAAGGCAGUGGGAGCCGAUAUGAUGAAUGUGAUAUGUGACUUGCUAGCUUUUAUGCUGGUCUUGUCCUGCAGAGGACCCUAUGCCAGUCAAUGUACCUUUGACCACACUCUUUAAGAGGCAUGUGACCAGACGUGGACCUACAAACUAGUGUGUGUGUGACUUUACUGUGUGCUGGCAAACAUUACAGAUACGUUGACAACCUUCGUUACGAGAUGAAAAGCGAGUGUCAGAACAUUACUGCUCUCUCAUGCAACCUGACUGCAGAAACGCCCUCAGUGCCACAUGUUCAAUACCAAGCUGCAGUUUACGCCAACGGACGUUUUCACGGCCUCACCACUCGGCUUAAUCCCAUUGCACACACCAUUUUUGGAAAACCCAUCCUGUCUAUGAACACAAUGUCAUCUUCCUUGUACAUUCGUGUCACACUUCCGCUUGGACCGAAUGGAACAUCCGUCGAGGACAUCAUCAAGAGCAGUAAAAAUGGGCCCAUCACACCCUUAAUUGAAUAUACGUUAAACAUCACUUCCCCAAGAUGGGCAGCACAGGUGCAUUACAACAAUUCUGGCAACUUUGUCGUUGACUUUCACGGCAAAACCAAGUACUGCGGCUACGUGGUCUACAAGCCUUCCCAUGAGUGGGGUCGUCCGGAGAGUGAGAUGGCCGACUUCUGCGAAACGCCAGCAUAUGACCCUAGCGAGAUUCUGCCGUGGUCCCUCAUGGGCGUCGCUCUGCUGGCGGCCCUUGUCAUGAUGUCAGUUGGGGCUCUGUGCUUCUACGUGAAGGGUGGCAACGGAAGGAAGCUGCCACGCUCACUGGAAAUAUAUGCUCCCACUACGUUGCCAAAGGUAGAGCAUCCUCCAGAUAUGAGUGUCACUAUUUUAAAGGCGAAGGUCUGCACUCAAAGUGAACACGUAUAUUUGGAUAAGUGCACUAGCAUCAGGCCUAAGCCAAAUGGUCCUUCCAUUGGAACUGGAGCCUACUCCCCACAGGACAACACUUGCCAACCCUGGCUGGGCAGCACUGGCUUUUCGGCGGCGAGGCCAAAUCAUCAAGACGUAAGCUCCCAGUCUUCCGUCAUCUACAGUUCAGUGGCCAUAGCUGUUCCGACAGAAGAGAAGGAGCUACCGGGAGUCUUCCUGGGGGAAAGUGAAGGCCCAUUGCGUUCCUCUGACUCACAAAGUGCACCCAAUGCGGAGGUUUGGGACAGCAAUCCAGUUGGGCAGCUGCUGUUGCAUACAGUGCAGGACAUCAAUGGACAACUUCAGUUGCCUUCGCUCAUGCUCCAGUUAGAGAGCAAUACAGUUGCACACCCUGACCCUGAAGGAAAACCCCUUUUGUCUGAUCUCCUAGUCUCCACAGAGGACGGAUCAUCUUUUACAUUUUUGCAGCGCUCCGAAUCAUCAGACUCUGGGUGUGAAGACGGUACUUUAAACACACCGACCCUGCAGGACUGGGACCGUGCCCACUUUUCCACAAAUCCGACACCUCCACUUGGUUUCUUCCUGGACAAGAACAUAACAUCCAGUGGUGUAAAUCCUCAAUCAGGGUACAAACAAAACUGGAUGCCUUCAUUCCCUUUUGGAAGUCCAUGUAAUGAUGAUCUAUACGACACAAUGAGCAACCCUUCUGGGACUUUUGUUGCUCACCCUAAAGAAAUGGUGGACGGCGCUCUAGACAAGGAUAAAGGAUCAGAAGAGGGAAUAUAUCUUGGAGGUUGGGGGUUAAAAAUACAAGAGUAAUCUGAUCUAACUUGUGCCCCUUUUUAAAAAGGACAGACAACUAGGGAUGCUGCUUAGGUGACAACUCACCUCUCUAAAACAUAUUUUUGGUUUUUGUAUAUAUUAUUUGUACAUUUUAAGUAAACGGUGACACAAAUUAACAUUUACAAGCCGAGAACCUCAAAUUAUGACAUGUCCAACUUUAAUGGGAUUUUAUGGUAUUCAGAUAAGCGACGCUGUAGUGGCAGUUGUUGUACCUCAACCCUUCUGAAUAAAAAGCUACUAAAUCUGAUUAUGUAGAUAAAUAGGUGAAAAAUGUCUGUCUUUUCACGUUUGUCUGAUUUGUUUUACGGCUCACAUAUUUCAGUGUUAUCAGUGAUAUAAAAAGAGUGCUUUGACAUUUAAAAAAAUGUGUUUUCUGUUUUCCUUCACAGAGUUCAUGACCUUGUUUGCUCUCUGUAUUGUUUGCCGUUCCUUCCGUCAGAGGUAAAUAAAGUGUGUAAAAACAUACGGCAUUGAAGGUGGGGUAAUGGUUGGCUUUUUCCAAAGGCUGAACACUAUCUUUUGUACACAGCAGUAAAGCAAUAAUGUCAGAUGUACUGAAAAAC